AACCCGUUUUUGCAACGUCAAGACGUCGACGACACGACGUCAUCACGUACAUCUUCCCCCGGAAGAAGCUACGUAAACGUGCGCGCCGUGAUGAUUUAAAUGAAUAUUGGGCGCUCUACGGGAGAUCGGAACUAUUGUCCUUUAUAACCAGACGCCAGACUGCCAUGGAGUCGAUGCUGAACAAGCUGAAGAGCACCGUCACCAAAGUGACAGCAGAUGUGACGAGUGCUGUGUCGGUGGUACUGGGCAACCCGGUCACACGUGAGUUUGAAAUCACCCGCCAUGUGGCCAGUGGAGGGCCAGCACUGUCCUGGAAGAUUUACCAUGGCUUCAAAAAGUCUACCAAACAGGAGGUGGCAGUGUUUGUAUUCGAAAAGAAGCAAGUGGAUCGCCUUGGAAGGACCGAGCGCGAGCACGCGGUGGAGGUCCUGAAGCGUGGGGUGCAGCAGCUCACAAGGCUGCGUCACCCGCGCCUGCUCACCGUGCAGCAUCCCAUCGAGGAGUCCAGGGACUGUCUGGCGUUCUGCACAGAGCCCGUGUUUGCGAGUCUGUCGAAUGUCCUUGGCCAGCACGAAAAUCUCCCGUGUCCCGUGCCGUUGGAGAUUCGCGACCACCAAUUGCACGACGUGGAGACCAAAUACGGGCUACUGCAGCUCGCAGAAGGCCUGUCCUUUCUACAUAAUGGCGUUAAGAUGGUGCAUGGUAACCUUACACCGGAGAACAUUGUCCUGAACAAAAAUGGGGCAUGGAAGAUCAUGGGGUUUGAUUUCUGCAUCUCCUCCAGCAACCCGUCCGAGCGAGAGGUGGCUUUCACGUGCAAAGAGUGGGUGCCGGAUCUGCCGCCCAUGUGUCAGCCCCGGAUUGAGUUCCUUGCUCCCGAGUACAUCCUGUCCGUGAGCUGCGACGUGGCCAGCGACAUGUACUCGCUGGGCAUGCUCAUGUAUGCCGUGUUCAACAAGGGGCAGCCCAUAUUUCAGAUGGACGGCACUCACGACAUGUUCAAGAGCUUCAGUCGCCACCUGGACAAGUUAAGUAACUUGGGACCAUCGGUAAUGCAGAAGGUGCCAGAGGAUGUUCGUGACCACCUAAAGAUGCUCCUAAAUGUCACACCAACUGUACGGCCCGAUGCUGAUCAGCUGGCCAAGAUUCCAUACUUUGAUGACGUAGGGGCCAUGACGCUGCAAUACCUGGACUCCUUGUUUCAGCGCGACAAUCUGCAGAAAUCGCAGUUCUUCAAAGGCUUAUCCAAAGUCCUGUCGAAGCUCCCAAAGAGGGUGGUGCAGCAGCGCGUGCUGCCCAGCCUCACCACGGAAUUUGUGAACCCUGACAUGGUUCCCUUCGUGCUGCCAAACGUGCUGCUCAUUGCCGAGGACUGCACCAAGGAGGAGUACGUGCGGAUGGUGCUGCCCGACCUCAUCCCCGUCUUCAAGCUGCAGGAGCCCAUCCAGGCUAGCAACAUGGUUCUGCUGAUAUUUUUGCAAAAAAUGGACCUGCUGUUGACGAAAACGCCGGCAGAAGACAUCAAGCAGCACGUCCUUCCCAUGAUCUUCCGAGCCCUGGAGGCUCCAUCCACACAGAUCCAGGAACUCUGUUUGGGAAUCAUCCCUACGUUUGCCAACCUCAUUGAGUACCCGUCGAUGAAGAACGCCUUGAUUCCUAGAAUCAAAAACUCCUGUUUACAAACCACGUCUUUAGCGGUGCGCGUGAAUGCCCUGGUCUGCCUGGGGAAGCUGCUGGAGCACAUGGACAAGUGGUACGUGCUGGACGAAAUCCUGCCCUUCUUGCAGCAGAUCCCGUCCAAGGAGCCUGCUGUUCUGAUGGGCAUCCUAGGAAUCUACAAGUGCACUUUCAGCCAUAAGAAGCUUGGAAUCACGAAAGAGAUUCUGGCUGGGAAGGCCCUCCCCCAUCUCAUCCCUCUGUGCAUUGACAACAACCUCAAUCUGAACCAGUUCAAUUCCUACAUGGGCAUGAUUCGGGAGAUGCUGUCCAAGGUGGAGUCGGAGCAUCGCACAAAACUGGAGCAGAUCAAUGCCAUGCAGGACCAGCAAAAGAGCCUCAAUCUUCCAGCACAGCUUUCUAAAUCGGACGACAGUCGGCAACCCAGUGAAAAAAAUCAGCAGGUGGAUAGCAUCUUUAAGAGUUUAGGUCUGGAGUCAUCCUCGUCACCCUCUCAACCACCCAACGGAGCUAACAGCAGAGAGAAUGGCCCAGCCUCGUCACAGCACGGCAAGGUCUCGCUGUCGUUGGAGGAGAAGCAGAAACUGGCGAAGGAUCAGGAGCAAGCGCACAAGCUGAGGAGUCAACCAACGCUUAAUCCCAAGCCGUCUGCCGCAACUGCUGCCAAGCCACAGGCUAAGAACCUCACAGCGACACUGAUCGCUGGUCCGCCGUCCAUGGGAAGCCUGGCCAUCGGUCAACAACAACCAGCCAUGCCGUCCACGCAGACCGCCGGCUACGGCAACCCUUCUGGUGGGGGCUUCACGGGAAGCUCGGGCGGGUUUCCCGUUGCCGCGUCCACCUCCAUGAGCAGCGGCGGCGGCGGCGGCGGCUUUGGCGUCGGCGCCACCAUGGGCAACCCCGCGGGAUUCAACGCCAGCGCAUCUCCGAGCGCAUUCGUCUCGUCGCCCAUGAACAGCGGCGCCGCGUUCGCGGGCGGCGGCGGCGGCGCUACGUUCGGCCAGGGCGCGUUUGGCAACGGCGUCCCCAGGCUGCCGCAGUCCGGCAGCAUUCCCAACUUUCCUGCUGCGCCUUUCGGCGGCGGCGGCGGCGGUGGCGGGGGACUUCACCAGCAGUCGGGAGCUGGUGCCCAACAGAAGCCGGUGAACUUGGCAUCUUUCGAUGACCUCUUUGGUCCGCAGAAGCCCAAGGUCAGCCUCAAUCAGAUUAGACCGCCGAUGCAGCAGCCCGCAGCACCGAGCCCGUGGCUCAACCAGUUUGCUUCUCAGCCUGGUGCGCAGGGGUUUGUGGGUGCCCCCCCCCGUGCGGGCGUUCCCAUGAUGGCCCCCCCCCAGAAUGUUGGAGUCCCCAUGUAUCAGGGGAACCCGUUUAUGUUGCCUCCCCCCCAGGGCUUUCAGCAAGGGGCCACCGUCAAUCAAAGUAGUAACACCGGAGGAGACGCCCUGAAAGAUCUGUUGGGCUGACGAUGCAUUUUUUGCCACCGUGGAAAAACGUUCUUUAACAACGGAAUAUUGAGGAGCACUAUCUCUGUCGACCAAUGUGAAACUACAACCGAGUCUCAUUGUAGCUUCACGCGACAGAUGGAUGUACAAAACACAUUUGUGUAGCAGACGAUACAACUGUUAUGUGAAUGCGCUUCACCAAGGUCACUGUUUACAUAUUCCCUUCAAGCAUAUUUCAAAUAGCAAUUGAAAAAAAAUGCAAAUAUCAACACACAAACAUGUAAAGCAGGUUUAUGUUUCAUCAUGACAGGAAAUUAAAUGGACAGCAGCAAAUGCUACGUGAGGAUGUUAACGUGACCGUAAGACAGUGUAAAGCAUAGCGGAUCCAUUCACGGGGGUGGGGGCCUUAUCUGAUCUUGCCAAAAUUGCUUUGAAUUUCUGCACACCAUUAAUUAAACAUCCCUAUCACCUGAUAUAGCGGGUCCAGGCGUAGUUAAUGAUUUUUUUUUUACCCAUUAUAUGUAUGAGAUAUUAUGCGAGAUGCUCAUCUUAACACAGUUUCUCAUAUAUAUAAAUUCUAUUUUUUUUCACCAUAUGUCAGGCACGUUGCUUCUAUCUGGCAUCGUUUGUUUUAGGUGCGUUUAAUUUAUGGCGUCACCGAGCCCAAAAUGCAAUAGAAGCUGCGGUCAGAUUAGAACAAAAUUGAGGAGACAAGCUCCGUUUUGGGAUGUUCUUGACAACCCAAUGUAAUUCCCAAUACACAACACGGCUCUUUAAAAUAGCCAAGUGCAUCAGUUGCGAUAUAUCCAGCAUGUCAAUGUGGGAUGCACAUCGAUAGUUGUUAUACAGCCAAUGGUUUUCCCACACACCACGCAUUGGUAACUGGGAAUCUGUUGGCUUCAUUCGGCAUUUAUAUCUCUGGGGAUAUUUUCAGGGUUAAUUUUUACAUGCAAAUGCUUCUGGGGAGAUGGCGCAAUGGAAUCGGCUUGUAUGCGAGUGUUCGGCGGAUUAUUACGUGGCAAGAUCGUGAGAGAUGGUGGUGGCUCGGAGUUGCCUUCGUGCAGCAGUGGAUUUUCCAGGGCUGAAGAUUAUGAUUGUUUCCAGAAUUCUUAUUUAAAUUUUUGUAUCCAUAAGUGUUUGUGUAAACGUUGCUUUGGUAUCUUGCACGUUCAUUUUCGUCGACAAGGCUCCAUUUUUGGCAGGUAGUUCUCAACCAGACUCGGGUUUACAGCAAUGUCACGCAUGUGUGGCUACACAUGUUUGACUACACAUGUGUGACUACAGCAGUGACGUGCGGUGAGGUCCUUGGCUGGGGAGGCACUGGCUUGUGUCAGAGCCAGAUUCACACUCUGAGGGGGGUAUGGCCUCACUGAGGGGGGCGUGUCUAGCACGCCCCCCUCAGUGUGGCAGAUGUGAUAGCUGCCUCCCCUGGUGCUUUUUCAUUGCAGUUUCAUUACGAGACUAGCGAGCCUAAAUAUCUUAAUACACAUACGUAAAAUAAGUUAACCUGGAGUAUGGAAGACGAGGACAUGAAAUGAAGGGGUCUACAAACAUUACAUUGGUGACGUACUGAGAUAGUAACAGGCACGCACUUAUUGCCCGCGCUCCAUCCAGUUACUGAGGGGUUGCGUAAUCAGAGGGGAGGCUGAGCUCGUCGCUGCCUCACCUCUCGUCUCUUCCUCUAUUUGCAACGAAGCUCCACAAAUUUGGUGAUUUUUGACUAUAAAAAUGAUUGGAAUCGUACAGAAAUGACAUUUAUAACACAGAGCAGUGGAAACAUCUUCAUGUUUAUUUGAUUUGAUUAUUAUUUCUUUUUACUUUACUUUUCGUAACAGCUAUUUUCAUUGGAGUAUGACAGGUGAGGCUCUGCCUCCCCUGCCUCCCCUGACCGCACGUCCCUGGACUACAGCUCUGUUCACUUUCAAGUUUAACCUGUGCAUGUUCACCCACACAAAAAAAAUUAAGCACAUCUUAUAUGUUAAUUUAAUUGUACACUGCAUGAUGUGUUAACAUUUUCACAUCCAGCACAAAAUGCGUGUUUGUCAGACAUGAGUAAUUAAACUUUGGUGUGUUUGUCAGAGGCAAAGGUGUAGCCCCUGCAAGUGCUUGCUCACAUUACUGCUGCUGGAAGGGCCUCCUCUACUCGUGAGUUUGUAUGUACGGACAUGUUCAUUCUUUCUAACACGAAACACGUUGCAGUGGUGGUUUUGUUGUUGCUGCUGCUGGGGGGAAUUUAUCCACGACUGAAAUUUCCCAGUAAUUUCACCCCGAAACCGAAAUGGAAUUUAUAUAAGCGCUAAAACAACACGAGUGCCCCAGAGACACCCGAUGUUUUAAAAAGUGCCACGUCUGGAGAAAAAAAUGAUGCACAAUAGCUGUGUUUAACUUGCCUGUCACUUAAGCCCGACUUCCAUGGGUUUAAAAGCAAACAGUUACGAUUUCACUUGAUUGCAGUUAAAUGUUUCAAUAUUUUUCCAGCAUUGUCCUUUGUGUUUGUACAGUGCAAGCCCCAAUAUGCACGUGUAACUAUAGCAGGGAAAGCUUUCCGUUCUGUUUAAAAACAAACGAUUAAUUCCAUCGUAGCGUGCGCGUAAGUACGUUUGUGGGUGGCUGCAUUUUAAAUGAGCAUGUUAUAAUAAACGUGCUUUCUGUGGAGUGGUUGCAAACCACACAAGGCUAAAAUACAGCCUGUGGAUUGGGGAGGCCUUUAUCCAGCAGUGGAUUUGCCCGUGUGCACUGCAGAAAUUUGCAAAACUCGUGCGUGAAGAUAUGAGACCGUGCAGUGUUGCGUACUACUCUACAGAUUAUUUUUUACAAACUAUAUUGAGGAGUAAUUGACCAAGUUUGUAUAAAACUGUCAAGAUCCCAGAUGUAAAAUGCAUUGCCCAAAAUAAUACGGGCGUGGGUUUUUUGCGAGUACCGUCAUACAAUUGAGCCGUGAGGUUGUGGUAAAUUCAACCUGAAUGCGGGUUUUACUGUGAUUUAAAAACAUGUGUUUUAGUUAAAUAAACAUCUCGUGAUAACCUCGAGCUUAUGAGCUUGCAGUUAAAAUAACCUUUUACGUGUAAUCUUUACGUUCACCCCAGCCUUAAUGUCCUUUUGUGUUGGCUUUGGAUAAUUAUCUGCCCAUGACGGUUCCACCCUCGCCCACAAUGCCGUCUAAAUGGCUGCAAUGUGUUUAAACGAUCCUGACAUUUUACCGUAUUCUCCCCAAGUUUGGGUAUGCGAGGCAGGUGCCAGCUGAGUUUAACCGCGGUGGGUGCGAAACAAGUACAACUACUAUGACACCGGUGGUGUAGAGAAGAGGAGAUGUUUAUAUUGUUGAAUGUGUGGACCCAUAGAAUUGUUUGACAGAUCCUCAAGGACAGCUUUCAAGGACACUCGGGCCAUCUUAUUUCCCAACCUGCGCCUGUUUCAGACCUCAAAAAGGAUGCUCGUUGGGCAGCAUGGUUAAAAUUGUGGCUUUCGGGAUCCACACAACUUUUCACGAAACCAAAAACAAAUGGAGAUAAAUGUACGGCCACGCGUCCCGAGAGGAUUAUCCACCAACUAGGUGGAGUGAUGAAAUCGACUCGUUCGCAGGUGUGAGGUGUGCAUUCUUACCUGGUGGGAUCGCAGCAGCUGAGCAGAAGCCGCUUCAUUCAGCAGUGAAUUUACCAUGGCUAGUGAAUAAAUGCAUUUCCAAAUUACAGGGUGGUAAUGCUUUUGGAAAAUACAGAUUUUAUGUUAGGAACCUGAUAGUCCACAGGUGGGCCUAAUUAUGUACCCAUUCAGGGAAAAAAUUAUUUACGUGUGAAAAUGAUUUAGAGCUGCACACACUGCCGUUUAUUUAUAAGCCAGACUUUUAAUAAUUGCCUUCAGUGCAUUGUUUUGGAAGCUUCUACCAGAUUGUGUGGGUAAUCACAGGUUACGUAAUUAUGACUUUGCCAUAUUGUAUGUUUUCACUUAAAAGGGCCCCAAACUGCACCUGUCAUACUGGCACCCCUGCAUGGAAUAUCGUUCACAUGUCUACAAAACAGUUACAUGGAAUGUUGGGUAAUUUUCAUCUGAAUUGUGAUUGGUAGACCUUGAAAUGGGAAUGUGUGUAUCCCAAAAACUGGAAAUAUUAAACCGGGUGAAUAAUUUUCCAUCCAAAUUCGACCACAAUAUAAACAUGUAAAUCGGUAAACUUUUUAUUUUAUUUACCAAACCUGAUGAUGCUUAAAAUUUAUAAAACCUCAUCCUGUACGUGCGUGUUAAAAUUCAAGACCCUGUUGACAGUCAAUCAAUGAGUUUCGUUUAUAUAUGAGUGGCAUUAUGGCCAAAUUUGCACUGGAACCACGAGCAGUUAAGUUUAGACCAUUGUGCUGUGCAGGUGCAUGAUUGGCGUUACUGUUCCCACCACCACCCUCAUCAGCUUUCCUCCUUGUGCUACCAAUUCACCAAAUUAUACACACCUGCAGACCUCUAUGAACAACUCCCAGAGUUCAAAAUGCUGCCCCAGCAUUCUCCGUGCACCCAUGUGAUCUCUGCAGUGACCCUGUCUCCCUUAUGUUAAGACCGGUGAAGGAGAGCUUCUGUUCGGUCUAACACUACAAGUUUUAGAGGGUGUUUUAUGCUCUCCAUCUACUUUAAAUUCUAGAAACUCCAUCAUCUCUCGCCACUUUCAUCAGGUGCGAUGCGUACACACAAGCGUUGGAGAGGUGCGCACCGUGUUACAAGUAAGUAGUGAAGUCACGACGCAAUAGCUUUUUUAUCGUGUCCAAUUGCAAAGGUUGUGUGUACAGUAUACAUGUUUUCGUUGGGUUGUAGCAUUUUGCUCGUAGUAGAUGUUAAUAUAUUACUCUGCAAGAUGUGGUUCGGGAAAUCCGCUUGUAAUUUGCCUCUUGAGCGAUUAGGUUUUUGAUGUUGAUUACAAAAAAAACAAUGCUUUUCUAACACAAAGCCUGUAUUUUUGCCUAAACUCUUUCCAGAAUGGAAUUGUAGAUAUGUCCUGAAGCUCUUUGUCGUUGCACAACUUUGUGGAUGAAACUUGAGCGGUAGCCGUGCUUCUUUAAUUCCUCAGUGUCUCACUGGCACAUAUAUUUUAUUUCAUGGAAGCCUAACUGGUAUUAGGAGAGGGUACAAUGUCUAUCACGUAACAUAUCUCCAUUUCAAGCCCCCCCCCCCCCCCCCCACCAAACAAAAACCCCAUCGGUUUUUUUUUUCACGUUGCCGGGGGGGGGGGCGGUGUAGGGACCGUACCAAAAACGAAAUGUAAAAUAUCACUGGUUUUACCUUUGUUUAGUAAUGCGCCUGUGUGUGGCAAAACCAGUGAUGGAAAUUAAAUGUAACAUAUGGUAGGUUACAGCAUUGUGUACACCAGAAUGCCAUUACCCAGUGUAAAUGUGUUCCUGUGAUUUGUAGUUUUUACGGUGUAUUACAAGGUGAAAUUGUCUCCUAAUAAAAUGGCUGGUGCAAUAAACAGAA